GUCGCUUUGUAUGGAAAAUUGUGUCGAAUCUGUCGUAGCAGAAGCACAUUCGCAUAUACCUACUACCAUUGACAGAUGCAAUGGCUGCGACCAAAGCAGCCAAAGAACAGAAAUAUGACCGGCAGCUCAGAUUGUGGGGGGACCAUGGUCAAGAAGCUCUUGAAAAUGCCCACAUUUGUCUCAUCAAUGCCACAGCAACUGGGACAGAAAUACUGAAAAACCUUGUGCUUCCAGGUAUUGGAGCAUUUACGAUUGUGGAUGGACACACUGUUUCAGGGGAAGAUGUGGGACAUAACUUUUUCCUUAGCUACAGCAGCAUUGGAAAGAACAGGGCACAGGCUGCCACAGAACUGCUCCAAGAACUGAACACUGAUGUAUCGGGAAACUUUGUUGAGGAGAACCCUGACAUGCUCUUGGACAACAAUCCAGAUUUUUUCCAUAGAUUUACCAUUGUAAUUGGUGUGCAGUUACCUGAAAGCACAAGUCUGAGGCUAGGUGCAGUUUUGUGGAGUGCCUCAGUGCCAUUUCUGCUUUGUAAAACAUACGGCCUCAUUGGUUACAUGAGGCUUGUCGUGCAAGAGCACACAGUGAUUGAGUCACACCCUGACAAUGCUUUGGAGGACCUGAGGUUAGACCAACCUUUUGCUGAGUUCAAGAAACACAUUCAAUCUUAUGAUCUGGAAAGCAUGGACAAAAAGGAUCACAGUCACACACCUUGGAUAGUCAUUGUUGCUAAAUAUCUUGAAAAAUGGCUCAACGAGCAAGACUCGCAGCCACCCCGAAAUUACAAGGAGAAAGAGGCCUUCAGAACGAUUAUUCGGGAAGGGAUCUUGAAGAAUGAGAAUGGAGUCCUUGAGGAUGAAGAAAACUUUGAGGAAGCCAUUAAGAAUGUCAACACUGCUUUAAAUCCAACGAAGAUCCCCACUGUUAUUAAGGACCUCUUUAAUGAUGAUCAAUGUAACAACUUAACUUCACAGAGUUCACCCUUCUGGGUGAUGAUGCGAGCUGUGAAGGAGUUUGUACAUAAUGAAGGCUGUGGUAACCUACCUGUGCGAGGGACCAUCCCAGAUAUGAUUGCAGACUCCCAGAAGUUUAUCAACCUCCAGAAUGUUUACAGAGAAAAGGCCCUGCAGGAUGCUAUGUCUGUUGGCAGAUACGUUGAAAGCCUGGUCCAGUCUAUUGGAAAGGCACCUGAAAGCAUCUCUGAAAAAGACAUAAGACUAUUCUGCAAGAAUGCCUCCUUUCUGCUGGUGGUGCGCUGCAGAUCUCUGGCGGCAGAGUACAGCAUGGAUUCAGUCAACAGAGAUGAAAUCACCUCAUGCAUGGACAAUCCCGAUAGCGAGAUGGUCCUCUACCUUAUGCUUCGAGCAGUUGACCGCUUCCACCAGCAGCACUCGCGCUAUCCAGGUGUGUAUAACUAUCAAGUAGAAGAGGACAUUAGCAAGCUCAAGCUGUGCGUCACUAGCCUGCUACAGGAAUACAACCUUAAUGUCAACAUUAAGGAUGAUUACGUGCACGAAUUCUGUCGAUAUGGUGCAGCUGAGCCACAUACAGUUUCUGCAUUUAUGGGAGGUUCAGCUGCACAAGAGGCCAUCAAGAUUAUCAGCCACCAAUUUGUGCCAUUUAACAACACUUUCAUCUACAACGCAAUGUCACAGACCUCUGCUACUUUAAAAUUGUGAUACAGCUAUUUGCCUGGCUAAGAUCCAAUCAGUUCAGGCUGAAAGGAAAGCAGCCUGCCAUGGUGUUCAGUGUUUACUGGGAGACUGCGGGAGGCCGGCAUACUUGAAACCUCUCUGGGGUCGGGGGCGAGGACCUCUCCAUUCUUCCCACAAACAGAUGGAGCUGCGGCACUGGAAUGUGAAAGUACAAUCAGUACAUAACCAGAAGAAAUGAACUAUACACAUUUUGCAGCAAAUUAAACUCAUAAAUUCAAUCAUUGUUGGCACAUUGUGUAGAUGUGUAACAAUUAUUUUGCUAAAACGUCAUGUACAGGCACAUUUUUAACUCCUACCUUGUAAGUCCAGCAUUACAUUUGCAGCUUCAGGCUAGUAUCUCACUGCAGAACUGUCUCAUCUACCUAAAUGGUUUCAUGCCUUUCAGCUGCAUUGUUAAUCAGGUAAUUCAUCUCUCUUGCCAAUCUGUUCCUGACUAAAAGUUUUUAAUUUUAAGAAUUAUAAGAUAAGUACAGUGGUAUGAAAAAGUAGCUGAACCUUUCGGAAUUUCUCACAUUUCUGCAUAAAAUCACCAUCAAAUGUGAUCUGAUUUUUGUCAAAAUCGCAAAGAUGAAAAACUCU